AAAAAAGUGACCCAAAGCUAGAUUUAUAUUUUUUUUUAUUAACUGUCGGUGUGAAGGUCUAUCUAGCUGUGCCAAUUGAUCCGGCAACGGUCGGCGGGCCGGCCCGUGAUCCUGACACCAGGUCUGUGUCUGUAACUGCCAUCUCCCAAGUCCGCCUAGUGUCGUUUCCUGUCCGUCCAGUUUCCAACUAUUCUGGCAAGCGGGAUCAACUAUGUGCUCUUGAAUUCGGAGCCCUGCUUUUUAUCGAAGGUCGCGUUUUUAAGCGACGCAAGGGAGGAUACGAUGGUCGCCUGCCCUGUAAAUCACAGGGGCGCUACAGUCGCUUCCGGAUGUAACUGCUUCUUCGUAUCCUCCAAUGUCCUAUCGUGCGACUCACAGUCGCGAGGAGAUCAAGACGCAGUCAGACCUCUCGGCAACUUCCGGUCCGCAGCUGCCAAUUGCUAUUAACUAACUGCUGCGCUUCUGUCCGCCGCGUCGACAUGUCCAGACAGACUGCGGGUCCCAUACUUUCCUUCUGGUCGCUAUGAAAAUCGCCAUCGUGGGCGGUGGCAUCAGCGGCAUCGCUACGUACCUCGCCCUCCGCAAACAUCUAUCAGAUGCAUCUCCCCCUGCUUCCAUCGUUGUGUACGAGGCGCUGCAGUCCAUCGACGCGGCAAUUUCGGCUCGCCGUGGCGGCUUUUUUCUUCCCCCGAACGGCCUGCGCGCCAUCAAGUCCAUCUGCGCCGAUGCAGAGGAGUACAUCCGAGACCAGGGCCGACCGUGCGAGGCGGUGACGCUCAGAACCUCGGCAGGAAAGUCGCUUGGAAAGCUGCAUGCUGGUCGGAAGACGAGAUACGGAAUCGGACAGGUGGCUGUCUCGAGGGCGGCUGUGUACGAGUCGCUGUUACGGGAGCUCCGACCUGGUGUUAUCUGUUGGGGACGCAAGGUCCGCUACGUCAAGGAGCAUGGAGACUGUGUCAAGAUCUCUCUGGAAGAUGGGUCUGAAGAUACGGUGGAUGUCGUUAUUGGCGCAGAUGGAUUGCACAGUGUCGCGCGCAAGGCUAUCUAUCCUCAAUCUUGCAGCCCUCGAAACGAAUUGAGACUCACUGCCAAUGGAUCUGCCCCUCUGUCCGCUCUUCCCGCGACCUUGAGGAUACCGGUCGAGCAGGAAUCUGCGGUCCUGACUUUCGGCGCUGCGGGAUGUUUUGGCUACGCUCGGAUGUCUCGCGAUGAUCUCAUGUGGUGGUCUACCUUCCCUCAGCACGAAGUAUCGAUCGCGGACACACCACUGGAGCAGCUCAGGAGCCGACACGCUCGUUGGCAGUCACCGAUCGAUACAGUGGAGGGACGCAUCUUCCGAGACAUAAUCGCACCCGCCGCCACUGAACACGCGCAACUGCAAUCCGGGCCGCUGUCCAAUCUCCCGUUCCUACCCCAUUGGAGCAGUCUCUCGGGUUCUGGGCGCAUCCUGUUAAUAGGGAAUACCGCACACCCUAUACCCCUGCAAGUCGGCCAAAGCUUGUCCUGUGCCGUGGAGGACGGGCUUACCAUCGCCCUCCUGCUCAAGCAUUAUCGGGUGUCCCAUCGCUUCAGCGUCGAGGAGUCGCUGAAACGCACGGGAAAAGCUUUCGAAGAUCUCAGGAUGAAGCGUGUCCGACGAAUCCUGCGCGUCGCUCAGCUUUCUGUCAAGCUUCUCAAAUCACGCAAGAGAUGGGUGCAGGCGCUACGAAAUUGCAUAAUCUGGAUAGCUCAGAAACUACCCGAAGCUAUGGCCGAUCCUCUGUAUCGAUACGACGUGGAAGUCGAAAUCGCGAAAUACAUUCCAAAAUCCGACUGCGAGCCGAAAGUCCGUCGGUAUUGAGCACGUCAUUCAUAAUUACAGUAUGUAGCUGUGCGCUAAAUAUAUGACCCUGUAUACAUGAACUGCCGCGAAAGUACACCCUAAAUAGACAUGCGUGUCUGAGUUUCCGUCUAGCGAGAUAUCACAUCGGGGGAUGGCUUUGAUUCGGGAUGCGCCAGACUGUUCCGAGGAAUGCGCUCUGGUAGUCCCCUAAAUCAUUUGGACAUCGCGACCCCACAGCUAGCCAUGGCAUGAGUACAUCGCGGUGAGACUCGUGACGAGAAUUUGUCCGGACCAUGCUCAGAUCGUCUUUCUCAGGCUGAGAUAUCAGGCCUUUCCAUGCUUCGUGGUCAGACUUGGGAUAUAUCCUUUACCUGAUUUCUUGAGGCUGGCCGAGAGCGCGGAAUGCAUCGCAAAUUCUGACUGCGAGCCGGAAGCUCGCCCGGGUCCAGGUAGUUACACCUUGCCUAGAGCAAAUCAGGUGUUCAGCUGUGCUUUCAGUGGAAGAAUAUGAAUGGAAGGCUUGCUCUGCGCGCGAGCAUAUUUCUUACCACACGCAGACGACAAGAAUGCCAAGU